AUGGCGUUGCUGUUCGAUCCGCAUUUUACCUUGCUCCGAGAAGAUCAGAGCGUGAAGCUGUUCAAUGUGAUGCUCGUCAUCUCACAAGCAUUCGGAGGUUUGGCUAUCCUUCUGGUGGCGAUCUGGAUGGGGGGUUAUGAAGACGGAUUUUCAUGGUCCGAAGAUCCUGAGCGUGAAUUUCAUUAUCAUCCCACGUUCAUGGUUAUGGGAUUGGUAAGGUUCUUCAUUCUGGUUAUCCUUCUUCCUCUUAUGCUUAGAUCGAAAAAAAUUGAUAAUUUUUCCUGA